AGUGUGUGACUGUGUGUAUGUUGAGCUGUCAUUUUGUUCCAAAAAGUAUCAUCCAAUUACAACUAGAUUCAGAUUGUUUGCAACUCCAAAAUAAAUAAAAUCAAAACAUGGGAUAGACAAACAAAGUUUCAUUCCUUUUUUUUCUUCUUUCUUUACAUAUAGAUCUUUUUCUUUUUCUUCUUCCUUUUUUCAAGAUACUAAAUAACCAACCAUGGUUCAUACUCUGAAACCUUCUUGGAAACAAUCAUCAAUCAGGGUGACAUUUUGAUGAUAAUUUGAUCAUCAAAUAAAGUACUUGGUCUUAAGAGUUUUGAAGAUUUUGGAAGCUUCUUCAUACAUUGAUUAUGGUGACAUAAACUGGUGCAUUAAUAAAGGUUCUCUCCAACUCAUUGCUAUGGAUAAAAAGUUCAAACUUUUUGGAGUUGUUUAAUAACUUAGUAGUCUUAUCAAUGGGAUUUGGAAAUUAAAUUUACAGUAAUUGGUUGCAUUAAUUUUUACAUGAUGUUUAGUUUCUUCCUAGUACUGUGGCAUUGCAGUAAACUCCGACAUUUAACAUUACAAAUGAUGAUUUGAUUCGACAAUCAAGAAUGCAGAAACAUCAAUACAAUUCGAUGGAACCUCGAAAUGAGGAGUUCCAUUCUGCGCCACAACCGGUCCUGCAAGACCAUUUGGACGGCAUGCAUACCAAUACAAGGCCUCCUCCUUCCUUUAACAACGUGCUCGAAAAUAAACCUGUGCAUAAUUUCUCCAUACAGACUGGUGAGGAAUUUUCUCUCGAGUUUAUGAGAGAUAGGGUGAAUCUCAGGAAGCCGUCCUUUCCAAAUGUUGUAGGUGAUCCGAAUUAUUCAACAGGGUAUAUGGAAUUGAAAGGCAUUUUAGGCCAUUCAGGUUCUGAAAGCGGUUCCGAUAUUUCUAUGCUCGCGAAUAUUGAAAAAGGUCCGAAAGAGUUUGACAGAAGGAAUACUUCUCUACACCAGGAAAGAAGUAGUUAUAGCUCAGCUCGAUCGAUUCCUAGAACAUUGUCUAAUCAAGAGAAUAACCGUGUCCUUCAAGGUAUUUCAUCUUCUGGAGCUUCUGAGAGCUCACCUAUGAAGAUGAAGAUUCUAUGCAGCUUUGGUGGUAAAAUAUUACCACGGCCAAGUGAUGGAAAGCUUAGAUAUGUCGGGGGUGAAACACGGAUUAUUAAUAUUAGAAAGGACAUAAGUUGGCCGGAGCUUAUGCUGAAAAUAUCAUCAAUCUAUAGUGAUACUCAUGUAAUGAAGUAUCAGCUCCCUGGAGAAGAUCUUGAUGCCCUAGUUUCAGUAUCUUCUGAUGAGGAUCUGCGGAAUAUGAUGGAGGAAUGUCAUGAUCUACAAAGAAGGAGAGGAUCUUUAAAGCUUAGGAUGUUCCUAUUCUCUAUAAAUGAUUUGGAUGAUACUCAGUUUGGUCUAGGUAGCGUGGAUGGUGAUUCCGAAAUCCAGUAUGUAGUUGCUGUUAACGGCAUGAACAUGGAAUCAAGAAGCAACUCUAUCCUUCAUAAUGUCGGAAGUUCUAAUAAUAUACAUGAAUUAGACAGACAAAGUAUUGGCAAGGAGACUAAAAGAAUUGCGGUAGAAUCAUAUGGUGUCGGAAGUUCGUCCUUGACUGGCAAUGUUAACUCCGUAUUGAAGACAAUUCAGCCUUCGCAACCGAUGCUGCCAACCUCCUCAAAUGCUUAUGAAGCCUAUCCAUUCUUUUAUGAUGAUCAAAUCAAUCACCAUGGGGGAACUAGUCAAUAUCCAAUACACCAAGGCCCUUAUCCUUCUAACAAAUCCGCUCGCAAUCUUGGAGAGGUUCCAGUUUCUUUGCCUACUAAUGGUCUUGUAAACCAAGGAAUCGUGAGCGAAGCGCAAGUGUCCGGUGAGUUGCAAGUACAAAUUUCUGAUAUUCCAUCAAUGCAGGUUAAAAGAAAGGGUGAUAAUGUCAUUCAUACAGGGAACGAUCGAGGAAAAGUUUUAACAACAGAAGCACCGUAUCCUAUUCCUACGCAUCAGUUCGAGGGAAGUUUGCAAGGUAAUUUAUCAGAGGCACCGGUUCCAGCUGCUGUAUCAGAAGUGCUUCAUGCUGCAUUUCCAUUAGAAAACAAGAGUAAGCACCAGCCAUCUGAAGAUUCCUCUUCAUUGAUUAGUCCUGUGAAUCCUACACAGAUUUCAAGAUCUGGUGAAGAUGACUUCUAUACUGCAUCCGCAGAUGCAUUCAGUCGUGCUCUUGUUGAUGCCGAGUCGAAUGUGAUUGAUUUCAGUUGCCUUGAACCACCCCCACUUCCUAAUAGAGUAUACUAUUCAGAGAGAAUUAUUCACAGGGAGCAGGCAGAUUUGUUGAACCGGUCUGCAAAGUCAGAAGAUGCAUAUGGUUCUCACUUACUCAUGUCGGAUUUACUUUCUGAUUUGAACCAUAUGAAUUCAGUUAAUGAAUCCAGCGACAGUUUACACAACGAGAAUUUGUCAAAUCUUAACACGGUGUCCAACUCAUCUGAAAAGCAUGGCCAUACCAUCAGCAAACAAUUGCCUGAUGCAACAAGUAAGGGGAAUACAAAGUUAUAUCAGCUCGUGGAUUCUGAUUUGAAGCCUGUAUUAGCAGAUAACAAAAUUUCGAGACACGAGGAUCAGGUCCGUGGUUCAGAAAAUGAGACAAGCAUCUCCAAAGAUGACCAUAAGAUUCUCCAAGUUGAUGAAACCAAGGGCAUUGGGAAUCUAGCAUUUCGCCGAGUUCCUUCUGUUGAACAUAAUGAGAAUCUAGCAUCUAAGGUCCAAGCACCACCUCUUGAUGUUAAAUCCAAACCUUCUCCGGGUGACAUUCUGAUUGACAUUGACGACAGGUUUCCCCGCGAUUUCCUUUAUGAUAUGUUUUCGAAAGCAAUUCAUUCUGAAGAUUCUUCAAACAUUAGUCCAUUGCAAGCUGAUAGAGCAGGUUUGAGCUUAAAAAUGGAUAAUCAUGAGCCUAAAAGUUGGUCAUAUUUUCAGAAGUUGGCACAUGAAGGGUUUGAUAAUGUUUCUCUAAUUGAUCAGGAUAAUCUUGUUUCUCUAAUGGACAGUAAGUUAAAGCACUCAGCUCCUCUACCAGCAGAUGCUGUUAUUAUGACAGCAAACAAGGAAUCAAACCUAAAUUUUGGAGACGAAAAUCAGAAUAUCUUACCUGUAAUAACUAAAUCAGAAGCUAUUGUUUUUCAUCCUGAAAAUAAACAUUCUGAACUUAAGGGAAAUGAAAAUAAGAACAUCAACACAACGGUGGAAAAUGUUAGACCACAGGAAUCUGAAUAUCAGGAUGGCAAUAACGAGACAAGGGAUGUUGGUGUAGCUCCUCAAGAAAUUAGUUUCGAGGAAUUUGACAUUAGUACUUUGCAGAUCAUAAUGAAUGCGGAUCUUGAAGAGCUGAGAGAAUUGGGCUCUGGUACUUUUGGGACUGUGUAUCAUGGAAAAUGGCGGGGAUCAGAUGUCGCAAUUAAAAGAAUAAAGAAAAGUUGCUUCUCUGGCCGGUCUUCUGAACAAGAGAGACUGACCAUAGAGUUCUGGCGGGAAGCGGACAUACUUUCCAAGCUUCAUCAUCCAAAUGUGGUGGCAUUUUAUGGGGUAGUUCAAGAUGGACCAGGAGGAACAAUGGCAACUGUUACAGAAUACAUGGUGGAUGGUUCUCUUCGGCAUGUUUUGCUACGGAAGGAUAGGUAUCUUGAUCGCCGCAAGAGGCUGAUAAUUGCCAUGGACGCAGCUUUUGGAAUGGAGUAUUUACAUGCAAAAAAUAUUGUUCAUUUUGACUUGAAAUGUGAUAAUUUGCUUGUGAACUUGAAGGAUCCUUUAAGGCCAAUAUGCAAGGUAGGCGAUUUUGGCCUGUCAAAAAUUAAGCGAAAUACCCUGGUGACUGGUGGUGUGCGUGGAACUCUACCUUGGAUGGCACCAGAGCUGCUGAAUGGGAGCAGCAAUAAGGUUUCUGAAAAGGUUGAUGUGUUCUCCUUUGGCAUUGUAUUAUGGGAGAUUCUUACCGGUGAGGAGCCAUAUGCUAAUAUGCACUAUGGUGCCAUUAUAGGCGGUAUUGUGAACAAUACAUUAAGACCUUCAAUCCCAAGUUAUUGUGAUCUAGAAUGGAGAACAUUAAUGGAGCAGUGUUGGGCACCUAACCCUGCUGUCAGGCCAUCCUUUACAGAAAUUGCGCGCCGCUUGCGCGUGAUGUCUGCAGCUGCUAGUCAGACCAAAGGACAGGGACACAAGGCAUCUAAAUGAUAAUCAACAGAUUUGAUCUGAUGCACACAUAUGUAUGUAUUAAAUAUUAAAUACAUUCAAUUGAGCUAUAAAAAAUGUAUAUGAUUUAAAACUAUAUGAGGGACAUCUAUAGCUGUUUGUAUUGUAAUUUCCUGCUGUAUCCAUCUAUAGUUUCUGUUGCUGAUUGUAUAUAUAUGUCAAUAUGUGUGAAACCAUAUAUUAUAGGAUUGUUCAACAACAUUUGGACUUAUAUUGUUAAUUUCAGUGUGUAUUGUGUA